AGUUGGGACUCAUUAUAUAUUGAUCUAUAUUCUAUUUUCUUUUAAAUGCUGUUUUGUGAGAGUCAAAUAAGCAAUCGUGUGCGAGCGAAUCGAUUGAAUGUGAAUAUAAAACGUCGUAGUUUUAUCCAAAUAAAAUUGAACAAUAUGUCUGAAUUUAACAGUAACAAAACAAAUUUUGGUUUUGACACGAGAGCUAUUCAUGCCGGACAAGAAAACGACCAAUGGAGCAAUUUGGAGAGUGUUCCACCAAUUGUAACAUCUGUUACAUACUAUCAAUGGAAUCCAGCGAAAAUGGAAGGUAAGUUAUAUAGUCGCCUGGGUAAUCCAACUCGUGAUUCAUUGGAGCGUUGUUUGGCCGCAUUGGAAGAGUCAAAGCAUGCAAUGGUGUUUCCGUCUGGAAUGGCUGCAAUUACAGCAAUAUUGCAUUUAUUAGAGCCAGGUGAUCACAUUUUAACAUGCAGUGAGAAAUAUGGUGGCACCAUCUUGUGUUUUCAGAACUAUGUCAAAAUGAAUAGAAUUGAAAUGGACGUCGUUGAUUCGACCGACAUCAAAUUAUUUGAAAGUGCAAUUAAACCAAAUACAAAGUUGAUUUUCAUUGAAUCACCAUCGAAUCCAUGCUUGAAGAUAACGGACAUUGCUGCCGUAGUGAAAGCAGCUCGCUCUUGUGAUGGAGUUAUUUUGGCCGUUGAUAAUACAUAUUUGACUCCAUUAUUUCAGCGUCCAUUAGACUUGGGUGCAGAUAUAUCAAUGUAUUCUGUUACAAAGUACAUGAAUGGCGGUGUAACGGCCGGUGCAUUAAUGUUCAACGAUUCGGAACUGUUACCGCGAUUACAAAUAUCACAAGCAACCUAUGGUUCAGUUUUGCCACCAUUUGAUUGUUAUUUGGUGAAUCGUGGAUUAAAAACAUUGGCACUUCGAAUGCGAAAACACUGUGAAAAUGGCAUUGCAGUGGCUCAGUAUUUGGAAGCACAUCCAAAGGUAUUACAUGUAGAUCAUCCAGGUCUGCCAUCGCAUCCACAUUAUGAACUAUCAAAGAAACAAAGUACCGGCCAUUCUGGUAUGCUCGCUUUUCGUAUAGCUGGUACUCAAGAGGAUGCAAAGAAUUUUAUUCAAAAUCUUCGAGUAAUUUCAUCAGCGGCCAGUUUUGGCAGCUACUCUAGUUUUGCUACGAUUCCGGUGUGCGUGAGCCAUACUACUAUGCCAAGAGAUUUGCGCGAAAAGCUCGGCAUUUUCGAUGAAACUAUUCGGCUUUCGAUUGGUUUGGAAAAUAUUGAAGAUCUUAUCAAAGAUUUGGAGCAAUCAUUUGAAAAAACAUCCCAGUAAACAUAUCACUUUGAUCAAUUUCAAAAUGU